CCAUCAGCUGGAAAGCCUGCAAGAUUUUGCCACGUCUAGGUCAACGUGUUUCGUCUAGUUUAAAAGUUACUGCAGGGAUUGUUUGGACUAUUUCCCAUUCAUAGUUCACAACUACCAGUAGCACAAUCUACCUGUACAAUUUUCUUGAGUUAAACAUGGAAGGAAUCCUUUAUUUUUUGGUGUGUGCACUCCUUGUAAACAGCUGUAUUUGUGCAGCCACUACCGGCAGAGAUAAUCGGCCGAAACCACAUGAAGAUAUCUCCUUAUCAGAAAAAGAGCAUGAAGAAGAUGGUGAGCAUAACUCAGAGUACGACCACGAGGCCUUCCUAGGAGGCAUGAAAGAUGAAUAUGACGAUCUGCCCCCAGAAGAAGCCAUAAAACGGCUAAGAGUUUUGGUCAAGAAAGUGGAUUCUGAUAAGGACGGGUUUGUCACAGAAGAAGAGCUGACAAAGUGGGUGAGAGAUGUGUUCAACAAACGUCUGCUGGAGGGAGUGCAGGAAGAUUUGAGUUCAAAAGACAUGGACACGGAUGGCAAACUAACUUGGGAUGAGUACGUAAAGGCGACUUACGGCCCGGAGGAAAUGGGAGAUGAUGCCGAUGAAGAAUCAAAGAAGUUGUUGAAAACGGACAAAAGACGAUUCGAUACAGCUGAUAAAGACAAGGACGGAGCCCUCGUCAAGGAAGAGUUUGUUCACUUUAUGCAUCCAGAGUCAUCUCCAGAGAUGGCCGAUAUUCACGUUCUGGAAACUAUCGAAGAUACUGAUAAUGACAAGGAUGGCUUUAUCAGCAAGAAGGAAUUUUUGGGAGAUUUCCAGGAUCCUAAUGACGAGGAAGCAGAGGAACCUGAAUGGGUGAAGGAAGAAACCCAACGGUUCAAUGAGGAAUAUGACAAAAAUCAUGAUGGCAAACUUGAUAAAGAAGAGGUAAACUUAUACUGUAGUGACGUGAAGUGGAAGUUCUUUAAGGAGAAUUUCGACUUCCACGAUCACGAAUUAGAACUAAGAAAUUCACCUGUUGUUAUUUUUGAAGGGACAAUGCAACCUGUUACCUUCGGAUCUUUUUAUCUCAUAGCAUUUUCAGUAAUUCUUAGUUUAAAAUCUCCUUUUUCCGCCGCAGUAGAGCCGCACAAAGAUAACUUUCACAAGCACGAGCAUUUCGGUGCAAACCAGGAACACGAUGUUCGCUACGAUCACGAAGCCUUCCUCGGACCCGAGGCGGAGGAAUUUGAUCAUUUAACUCCAGAAGAAUCCAAGAAAAGGUUACGAGUUAUUGUUGUAAAAAUGAUUGACACUAACAAGGAUGGUCUGGUUUCGGAAGACGAACUUCGGGUGUGGAUAGAGAAACAGAGAAAGGCAUUUAUGUACGAAGACGUCGACAAAAGAAUCGCUAAAGAGGACAAAGAUGGAGACGGUGAGAUUUCUUGGGAAGAAUACAGAAAGUCGGAAUACGGAGAAUGGGAUAAUUAUGAUCUUCCGAAGGACCACAAUUUACGCCGUCAAAUACGAAAAAAAGAGUACAAAUUCAACAUCGCAGACGCAGACAAAAAUGGCAAAAUGAACAGAGACGAGUACGUGGAUUUUGAGCAUCCGGAAGAGAACAUAAACAUGCAAGAAAUUGCGUUGGAUGAAGUCAUCGAGGAUGUGGAUCAAAAUGAUGACGGCCUCAUCACCGUCGCUGAAUUUCUAGGCCAGUACCACGAGGAAAAAGAACCUCCAGCAUGGGUGGUGCGACAUCGGGCAGAAUUUCACUCAAGGUUCGACAAAAACAAAGACGGUAAAAUGGACCGUGAAGAAGCGAGAGAAUGGGUCUUUCCCGAAAAGAAUGAUUCCCAUGACGAAACACUUCAUCUGAUCGACGGAACAGACGAGAAUGCUGAUGGUUUCCUCUCUGUUGAUGAAAUCUUACUACACUGGAAUCUGUUUGUUGGAAGUCUAGCCACUGAUCAUGGCAACACUUUGAGAAAAGUUAAACAUACGGAACUCUAGUUCGGUGAAAAAAGUUGAGUUUGGGUUACACUACAAAAGAUACCAAACUUAAUAAAUAUAUGCUAGAAUCGAUUCGUCUCAGUAUUCUAUCAAAGCUAUCUUCGUUUUCUAUCAAACUAGCUUAUCUCUUUUAAUCUACAAAUUAAAAUUCUUGUAAUCAGCGAGGGCCUUAAAGUAUGAGAUCGCUAGUAAUCGCUGUACAGCUAAGAUAUUAUCUUUCUAGACUAAUUUUUUGGUUGUUAAAGGAAGCGAUAACAAGCACAGUCAAAGUGGUUGUAAGAUGUUUGGUUAAUUACAUUCUGUUUUGAUAAUGCUGGAGCUUAACAUUUCCCAAUAAAAUGAAUGCUGAUGAUCUGUUUUACAAGGCGGCGAAAGUCAUGUUAGAGUGUUAACGUUUGUCCGAGAAAUAAAUUUCUUUUCUUUCCUGAA